AUGGCAGAACCAAACCAUCCUCCUCAGGACCAUUCCGCGCCUGCCGUGACUGAGCAGAUAGGAUGGGAUCAGCCUCAAACGCAGUUCGCGGAUACUUCUCAGCCACAAGGUCGCCAACGUCUCAUUCUUGCUUGUCUUUCGUGCCGGCGUCGCAAGGUGCGCUGUGAUCAUGGUUACCCCACCUGUGCUGCCUGCCGCCGCGGCAAUCAUGUCUGCCAAUAUCCAACAUCCAGAACUCCAGGUCAAGGAAUACCAAAUACGCCUCCGACGCGCGUAAUGAAGCCGCCGCCUGUUACAAACCUACAGCACGCAAGUCAAGCCGAGGUUAAUGUGAGACUCGAGAGGUUGGAGCGACUACUUGAGACAACUCUGCAGUAUAUAGCGCCACAACCUACACCACUGGACAGCCUGGGAGGCGAACCUGAGCUUGCACCAUCCUCGGUCAGCAAUGUUGAGAAUAUCGGUAGUACAGUGGGAGGGAAUGAGGGAUCUGCCGGCAGACAAUUAUACUAUGAUGGCAGGGACGGCGCUCUCAUUUUGGAAAAUGGUCAAUCGCACUUUGUCUCUGCUCGUCACUGGGCUUUGCUUGCAGGUGAAAUCCAAGACAUCAAAGGUUUAUUAGGGGGACAAACAGAGGGUGUCGAUGCUAUUGACGUCUCUAAUAAUGGAGAGAGCAUUGCUGACUCCUCAGCACAUCAAUAUGGGCAUGAUUCUCUGUCCUCAAGCUUUCCGAUAUUCGGGACCGAUGGCGUGUACGAAGACCUUACGCCUUGGGUUCCCAACUCACGAGAAGACUGCUACUUGCUGCUAGGGAUAUUUCUUGCAAACGUCGAUCCAAUGUUGCGGCUCAUACACAAGCCUACGUUUACGCGGAAAUUUGAUGCAUUUGUCAAGGGUCUUUCGCGGCAGCCUCGCCGUUCAUCUCACGGCCAUACGCCCGAUGAUCGAGGAAAGGGGUUGACGGGCUGUGAUCCGUUCGAGCCACUCGUUCUGGCUGUGUUCUUCGCGGCAGUAAACAGCAUGAAGACCCAAGAAGUUUUUGAAAAGUUCAGUAUCGAGAAAGGAGUCCUGCUUGAAAAGUUUAAACAAGGAACGGAGCUGGCUCUGAAGCGGGAGAAACUUUUGACGACUCGGUCGAUUGAAGUAUUACAAGCCUUUGUCAUCCUGUUGACUAGUCAAUGCCGUGAAGAUGAUAUGAAUGCCAUUUGGCCUCUCAGUGGGUUGGCUAUCAGAAUAGCGCUUUCUCAGGGGCUGCACAGGGACCCGGUGCUAUUCAAUUCAAAUUCUCUAGACGCGAUUCAGGUUGAACUUCGUCGUAGACUGUGGCAUCAAAUAUGCCAGCUUGACUACCGUUCGGCGGAAGGCACAGGCCAGGAGCCCACCAUUUCAGACGAUGAUUUCGACACCUUGUUCCCAGCAAACAUCAACGAUGACGACCUGACUGAGGGUGCAAGCCCGUCCACCUUGACGCAGAACUCGGAGCGCUUUACUGAUAUGACCAUUUAUCUCGUUCGCUUAACCGGUGCUCAUUGCUUCCGGAAGCUGAUGCAGAGCACAAAAUGGCUAGAAAGGGACUCUAGAGCUUUCCGGAACGCAGAAACCUCUGAUCCUCACUCACUUCUGGAGCAGCAAACAUUGUUUGAGAAUAUGCGCAAAAUGGUGGGCGAACUACUCGAAAAUGUUCAGCGGCUUUAUUUGAGACAUUGUGAUCCACGGGUCCUCAUGCAAAAGAUGACCCUCGGCUACGCGAACUUGCUGGAAUGGAAAUUCUGGAUUAUAUUCUGGUUGAGGCUACCAGCGGCGUAUCGUGAGGCGACCAUCUCCUUGGACGUAAGGACAACUAUGUUUACCAAAUCACUAAAUCUCAUGGGAAGCCUCGUGGAAGCCUCGUCAAAUAAAGAUUGUGAACCGUUUCAGUGGCAUAUCAGGUCACAUUCGGCAUUUCAAGCCAUACUCUACGCUCUCUCGGAGCUUCGUAGUCCCAGUUUCCAAGGCCCAGAGCAAGCAGCCCUGCGUGCUCGUGGCAUCCGAACUCUCAAGGCAAUGAAGGAAGUAAAAGGCAGCAACUCUGGUACAGCUUGGACUGUGGUCAAGCGGCUGAUUGACACCUUACCAAAUCAAAAUCUUCCGUACCUUCCCAAUAGAGGAGAGAGUAUGUCUCAGCGCAGCUUUGCGAAUGAGAAUGGUAUGACCUUUCCGUUGCGCGAUUCUUUGCUAUGCUCAUCAACCCCGCCUAUGAGUCUUGGCACGCUGGAUCCGCCAUCAAGGUUAAGUCAUGUGGAUGGGGCGGAUCAAGAAUGGGAUCUCUCAAUGGCAAAUAUUGGAUUUGAGGAACUAUCUACCGCUAGUGAUCUGGUAGGUUCAAUCCUCUGUCAAAUAUUAAUUUUGGAUGGUGCAUUUCUCUGA